AUGACCACAAACCAGGAGAACAAGACAGCGAUGCCAGCCGAACACCAUCUGCCGAUUCAGGAGGAACCCACCGAACCAAGCAAACGACUCAAGCUGGACGACAGCAACACACAGCCUCAUCCUCAGCAACAGCCAUCUGCAAACACCUCGUCCGAGAACCAUGCUCAGCAGACCCCCGAUCGGAGCCCAGCGUGUGGCAGCCAGGAUACCACUGAUGGCGAAGACUCAUCCUCUCAAGCCUUAGAACUCACGUUUUCUUGGAGAGAUUCAUCCUUCAACGUCGCCCUGGAUGGAAUGGUGACGAUCAAGGACCUCAAGGUGGUCAUCUAUUCAGUCACCGCAGUCCCGCCGGAACGGCAGAAGAUCCUCGGACUCGUCGUCGGUCAGAUCCCCGCAGAUGACGUCCUUCUCUCCACCCUUCAAUUCAAAAUCAAAAAAGGAGUCCAUUUCAAGUUGCUCGGAACUCCUGAGGAUGAAGCUCUCUCUAAUAUCCGACCUCAAGACUCCUCAUCAUCCACACUCGAUCUGUUAGACUCUCAAUCGAUCCGCAAGGCUCGUCAGUCGCAGGAUUGCGUACUGUAUAUGGCUCGAGUGCGACAGAAGCUGGAUGAACUUUCCAAUCACUUGGAAUUAAACAUCAUGAACCCACCACGACCAGGAAAGAAGCUGCUAGUGCUUGAUUUAGACUAUACCUUGAUGGACUCGAAAGCUUACAGUGAUUAUUCGGUGCACGCAUUGGAUAUGGCAAGGCCUUAUCUCCACGAAUUCCUAACCGCUUUAUGGCCUUAUUACGAUAUCUGCAUUUGGUCGGCUACUAGUUGGAGAUGGCUGGAAAGUAAACUCGUUGAAUUAGGCAUGGUCGGGGGCAAUUACAGUGACAAAUAUCUGAUCCAAUUUGUGUUGGAUCGAGGAACGAUGUUUGAAGUGACAUCAAUGAGGCACGGAAAAAUCUCGAGACACGAGGUCAAAGCUCUCGAACUUAUUUGGAGGAAGAUUCCGGCUUACAACGAAACAAAUACGGUCCAUCUGGACGACCUCAGUCGGAACUUUGCUUUGAAUCCACGAUCAGGCGUAAAACUCUCGGCAUUUAAAAACGCCCGCGGAAACAAGCACGAUCGGCAAUUAGUAUUCCUAGCCAGGUACUUCUUACAAAUCGCCUCGUUACCCGAUGUCAGGACCGUUGACCAUAAGAAAUGGGCCGAUUGUCGUCUGCCGUUGCCCGUUGGGACGCCCGACCCGCUAGAGAUCUUGGACCCAGCCGAUCCGGAACUCGUCAAAUUCAAAGCUUCUCAUACCCAUCUUCCUCCUCCCCGCCCUCCUCCUACUUCUUGA